AUGGGCAGCUCACUCCAAAUCGUCGGAGUCUACGUAGAUGAUCUCGUCAUCACCGGCGCGGCCACAAGGGAGAUCGACUCCUUCAAGCAGCAGAUGACCAAGCCGUUUCGUAUGAGCGACCUGGGCAAGCUCGGCUACUACCUCGGGAUCGAGGUGAGCCAGGAGCACGAUCGGAUCGUGCUCGGGCAGGCAGCCUACGCCAAGAGACUGCUCGAGCGCGCGGGCAUGGAGGAUUGCAGCACAUGCAACACUCCCAUGGAGGUGCGGCUCAAGCUGAGCAAGAGAGCUCCCCCGACCGGGUGGACAAGACUCUGUAUUGCAGCAUCAUCGGAGGGUGCGCCUGCCUCCGACCACUACGCCGCGGUGAAGCACCUCUUGCGGUAUGUGGCGGGGACACUAGAUCAUGGCUGCGCAUAUGGGCGCGGCGAAGGAGCACUGGAGCUAACCGGCUAUAGUGAUUCGGAUCACGCCGGGGACUCGGACGACAGGAAGAACACGACUGGUGUGAUCUUCCUCGGCAGGAGCCCGGUGAGCUGGUAG